AUGGUCAUGGACGCUGGCCUGCACGAGCCGUGCGCGCUGCUGCCGGGAUCCAAGCGCGACGGCCACAUGCCAAUCUACCCCCAAAUCGCCGCCGCCGCCGCAAAUGGGUUCACGGCGGAGGAGCUCGAGUCGCUGCUGUUCCUGUCGCCUGAUGGGAUUGCUUCGGCUGCGGGCGGCGUUGGCGGCAGCUAUCUGAAUGUCGCGCCUACUACUGUGGUUCCGCCCGCCCGCACCAACCGCGCGUCGCCGCCGCGGGAUGCGUCCGCCGCGCCGCCCUCGGUGGCGCAGCCGGACGAUUCGGAGGCGUUCUCGGACAUCGUGCUGGGCUACAUCAACCGCAUGCUCAUGGCCGAGGACAUCGACGAUAAGUUCGAGCACUACCCGGAGCACCCAGCGCUGCUCGCCGCCGAGAAGCCGUUCCUCGAGAUCCUCGCCGAACGGCCCUCGAGCUCCGGCGGCAGCGCGGUUGAGAGCCCCGGCGGCAGCAGUGUCGGCAACUCCUGCUACAGCGCGGGCUCCUGCACCUGCGCCACCGCCACGGCGGCGUCGGAUGCCUUCGGCGCCGUGCUGACGCCGGCGCUUGACUUCACAUCGACCGCGUUCCUGCAGCCGCCACAGCUGUAUCAGGAUCUAAGCCCUGAGAGCAGCGUGGUGGAAGCAGGCGGCGCGUGGCCGUACGACUCGACGGAAUUCUACCAGCUGCAGAGCAACCUGCUCUCGCAGUCCUCGUCAUUCGCGUCAUCCAACGGCAGCGGUGUUACAUUAUCAGAUGGCUUUGAGUCGUUGCUGAGCUCGCCUGGUGUCAUGCCGGAUGUUGGCUUCACCGAUUUUGCGGUGCAGAGCCAGCAGGCUAUGCAGUUCUGCCGCGGGCUUGAAGAAGCAAGCAAGUUUCUGCCUGACGAGAGUAAGCUGGUGAUUGAUCUUGAGAAGCCAGCAUCUGUUACAAGCUUGUUGGCUAACAUCAAAGGGGAGAACAGGUUUGCAGAGGUCAAGACAGAGAAGGCUGAUGUUGAGGCAGCAAUUCACAGAGGAAAGAAGCAUUUCAAUGGUGAUGACUUGGAUGCAGAGGAAGGGAGGUGCAGUAAACAUUCAGCACCAGCUAUUGACACUGAUCACCUUGUGCGGGAGAUGAUGGACAAGGUCUUGUUGUGCAAUGGUGAGAUGUGUUCAAAAGGCGUCAAGGAGCUGCGUGAAGCCCUGCAGCAUGACGUCGCAAAGAAUUCGCAUGGGGUUCAUGGAAAAGGGUCCGGACAUGGCAAGGGCCGUGGCAAGAAACAGCCGAAGAAGGAGGUGGUUGACUUGGAGACUCUCCUCGUCCACUGUGCUCAGUCUGUGGCCACCGAUGAUCGACGUGGUGCAACUGAGCUCCUGAAGCAGAUCAGACAGCAUGCAUCGCCCAAUGGUGAUGGUGACCAGCGUUUGGCGCACUGCUUCGCCAAUGGCCUUGAGGCGAGGCUUGCUGGUAAUGGAAGUCAGAUUUACAAGUCUGUUAUAAUGACGAGGUUUCCCUGCACAGAUGUGCUGAAAGCCUACCAGCUUUAUUUGGCAGCUUGUCCAUUCAAGAAGAUCUUUCAUUUCUUUGCCAAUCAAACCAUUAUGAAUGCCGUGGAGAAGGUGAAGAAAGUUCACAUUGUCGACUACGGUAUAUACUAUGGCUUUCAGUGGCCGUGCCUCAUUCAACGGCUCUCUACCAGGCGUGGUGGCCCUCCAAGACUCCGGAUCACUGGAAUUGACACACCACACCCUGGUUUUCGCCCAGCAGAGCGCAUAGAGGAGACAGGAAGGUAUCUAAAAGAUUAUGCUCAGACCUUCAAUGUGCCCUUUGAGUUCCGAGCCAUUCCAUCUAGGUUUGAGGCGGUUCAGAUAGAGGAUCUCCACAUUGAGAAGGAUGAGCUGCUGAUUGUCAACAGCAUGUUCAAAUUCAAGACACUGAUGGACGAGAGCGUGGUGGCUGAGAGUCCAAGGAACAUGGUCUUGAACACAAUCAGGAAGAUGAACCCACAUUUGUUCAUUCAUGGGAUUGUCAAUGGCUCUUACAAUGCACCAUUCUUCGUGUCUCGCUUCCGAGAGGCCUUAUACCACUACUCUGCUGUCUUUGACAUGCUGGAGACAAACAUUCCGAGGGACAACGAGCAGAGGCUGCUUAUCGAGUCAGCUCUGUUCGGUCGAGAGGCAAUCAAUGUAAUCUCCUGCGAGGGUCUGGAAAGGAUGGAGAGGCCUGAGACAUACAAGCAAUGGCAGGUGAUGAAUCAGAGAGCUGGGUUCAAGCAGCUCCCAAUCAACCAGGACAUCAUGAAGCGUGCUCGGGAGAAGGUUAGGUGCUACCACAAGGACUUCAUCAUCGACGAAGACAACAGGUGGUUACUGCAAGGGUGGAAAGGGCGCAUCAUACUGGCGCUCUCAACAUGGAAGCCAGAUCACAAAUCUUCUUCCUAG